AUGGUGAAUACGUGGACACCUGGUAAUGAUUUUCCAUUGCAUUGCUGCGCUCUAAAUUUAGAUCCACAACCCCAUGAAUGCAUAUUCAUUCUUCGAUGUUUUCAAUUUCGGCAUUCGAUCACAUUAAACUACGGUAUAACUGCUUACCCAGAACGAGAAGGUUAUUUAGCAAUCACAGGAUACAAGGUAACCAAUAUGAUAUCUUAUUCCGUUCCUAUGUCCUUACACAUGUCGAGGCUCAAGAUUAUAUCUCCACUCAUUUUGGGUUCACUUGAACAAAUGGGGUUACGAACUAGAUGCAUAGGUCAUAUUCAUCGCGCGGGUCAAUUCACGGUCAAAUGGGUUCGUUCACCUAUCCUCCAUUCCUAUCACAUUCCCACCAACACGACGCGCACUCCUCUCAGCGAUGACGCACUUUCUAACGGUUUAAGAGGCGUAUUAUUGAAGGAAAAACCUUCACAUAACCAAGGGAAAUUCCGUGGGGCAGACGAGUUUGGCAACGCACCCCAAACUCGAAAUUUCGGAAAAAUGCUCAUUGAGUCGCGGAAUAAUCGAUACCGAGACAUACUCAGCCGUGGCCAAGUGAAGUGA